CACACAUCACAGGACGACGUCCGACUUUUCCUUGAGUCGACAACAAUUAUUUGGGAGCAUACUGUUUGAUCCCCGGGUUUACGACGCGAUUAAUGUCUUGCUGCAACGAGUCGGGCAAGGGGAUUCUGCUGCACUCAGCAGCCGCCUGCUGACAUCAAACCUUCGUCUUUUCAAGGCCCUACUGACUUCCCACCACACAAGGAUCUACCAUGGCGGGUUCCGACGAUUCCACACUGAAUAAUUCUCCUCAUGCAGCCCAGUUAGAUGCUCACCACAUCCUGCAAUAUGGCCCUUCCGAGGCCCAGAGAAACCCUUCCACCUCAUCAGCCUCGUCAAGUCAAGCUGCCAUGCGAAAGAAACGGGAGAGUGCUACCAGGCCACAAGCAUACUCGUCCUCGUCGCGGAACACACAAACGUCAUCUAGUACCAAGGCGGAGAAUAAGGCAGCACAGAGAGAUGUCAGAACUCUUCCGCCUUGGAUAGAUUCGUACGAAGAAGGCGACGAGAUUCUCACCGCUAAGCCUACAGACAGGCUGCUGACUGCACCGUCUCAAGCCCAUUCAGCACAGCAUCAUUAUGACCCCAAGGCGCCAGAACGGAGGAGAUCUCGAGACGGCUAUAUCGAUCCAUACGAGGAGAUACCAAAGAAGCCUGCAGAGACUGGGUUCUUCGGUGGUCACAAGGAACCUGUCAAAGGCAGAAAAUGGGAUCAUGCUAGAGACGGUGACCCUGUCAUCAUGCAGUCUGGAGUUCUACCGAAUUCUUCAUCCUGGAGAACCUAUAUCAAGUCCUCUAUGUAUGGACCCCGAUUAGACGAGGAUGGAGAACGAGUCGACGAAGAAUUCUUACAGCAACAAACUCCUGGGUAUCAGAAGCCAUGGCGAGGCGAUAUCGAUGGUGGUGAUGAUCCAGAGAAGCUGCUACCAGGUUUGAUUCAUAGCAAGAAGCAGCGCAGAACCUUCGUCAAGCGGCUUCAACAUAAUCUUCUCAUGCAUCCAUUAGUACCACUGGUAUUUCGAGUUACAGUCCUCACAACUUCGGCCAUUGCUUUGGGAAUCGCAGGCUCUGUUCAUCACCUAUCUGACAGAUACACUUAUUCUCAAAAUGCUUCUACAACAAUGGCCAUCGUGGUCGAUGUCGUUGCCAUUCCUUACAUUCUUUACGUCACCUGGGAUGAAUACACGGGGAAGCCUUUGGGUUUACGGUCUCCUAAAGCCAAGAUCCGGCUCGUUCUUUUGGAUCUUUUCUUUAUUAUUUUCGAAUCAGCUAAUCUGGCAUUGGCCUUUGGAGCUCUGACGGAUGCAAAUGGUAGCUGUCGGUCUACAGUAUCAAGCCCUUUCAAUGCUCUCAUUUGUGAUAGGGUGAAGGCGCUUUGUGGUAUAUUAAUGGUAGCAUUAAUAGCGUGGAGUUUGACUUUUUCAGUCAGCAUAUUCCGGCUGGUUGAAAGAGUUGGUGGCAGGGAAGAGAGUGACUGAAAAAACUUCACGUGUGCAAAUUAUAUCCGAGCUCUCAUGUAAUACACGGAUUUGUGGAAAGGGGCAAGCAAACAAGAAUAUAGCAUGGCGUUCUGGCUUUGGCACUUGUACAUGCUAAGAUGGUUUGUACAUACGAUGAAUACCUAAGACAU